AUGCAGAGGCAAUGCCAUUUGUCAAUUGUCAAUGGUUACUGCAAGACGCUGUUACCAUCACCAUCCUCCUCCUCCUCCUCCUCCUCCUCCUCCUCCUCCUCCUCCUCCCCGCCUCAUCUUCCUUUCAGUAAUAAUGGGUGGGGCCCAUAUCACUACCAUCAAGCUGGCUUCAUGGGCCCACAACUACCACCACCACCAACACAGCUGAGGCAUCAUAAUUCAGGAUUGGUGCAGCAGCCACGUUAUGUUCAGCAUAAUCAAGCGAAGACAAUCAAGAAUGUUGUGAAUGUGAAUAAGGCUAGUAUUAAAGUUGUCCCGGAUGAGAAUAAUUCGGGUUACCACUUGGUUUCCUUUUCUUUUGAUGCUGUUGUUGAUGGCAGGCUUUUUGAGUUGGAUGAGCUAUCAAAGCCCUCACCCAAGGAAGAUAUGUUCCCGCUUGUUAUCUUUGCUGAAGCAUGCUCACCUUCUCUCUCUACAUCUACAAGUCAAGAGCCUGACAAGGCUCUGCCUACCUUGUCUACUCAUGCACAAAUAACUGAAGCUGUCUUGGAGAAAAAUAACGAAGGCCAUUUUCAAGUAAAAGUAGUCAAGCAAAUCUUAUGGAUUGACGGGAUUCAUUAUGAGUUGCGAGAGAUCUAUGGCAUUGCCAAUUCUGACAGUGCUAGCUUUGAUGAGGGUGAUUCAGGAAAAGAAUGUGUUAUUUGCAUGACUGAUCCAAAGGAUACAGCUGUUUUACCUUGUCGACAUAUGUCUAUCAACGAGUGGUUAGACCAUUCUGAUUGUGUUGAUGCAUGCAUCCAAUGCAAAGCAUAUCCUUUAGAGAAACUGGCUUAUGCCUUAAAGCUCUUCAGUUAG